AUGUUUAGCUCUUUUAUGGCAAUUAAGAAAAUAUUACAAAUUCAAUCAAGUCAUUCAGUAAAUAAUGAUUAUUUGGACACCAUUAUAUUUUUGAGGUUCAAUAUAGCAUUAAUGGAAAAUACUCUUGAAUCUAAACUAGAUGAAAUGCCCGAAGAUGCUAAGAUCAAAUUAUUUGAAAUUAAAAAAAGAGUUCUAGGCAACAAUUAUAUACUGGAUAAAUAUUUUUAUAAUAAAUAUAAUAUUCUGAAUCUUGAAAAAAAAAAACUCUUUAAGAUAUUUUUACGCUUCUUUAUAUACCCAGCAUAUUUAGAUCUUCACAAUUAUGGCAAUAUAAUAUUAUCAAGACUCGACCAAAAACUUAAAAAUAAAGUUGCGUACAUUAAUAAAGAUAUUAAUUCGUUAAAAAAAAUGUUUUUUAAUUUAUUUGAUACUGUAAGUUUUAUUUAA